AAAGAAGAAGUAGAUAAAGGAAGUUGAUGUGGGGGAAGGAGUAAUUAAAAGUUAAUCCUUUUCAAACCUUUGCAUAGAACCAUAGGACCGGUCUCACGAUGAAGUUGCUGUUUGUACUGGUGAUGAUGACAACUUGUGCUGCAAGACUUCAAGAUAUGUCAGGUAGAAUGUUUACCUUCCCACUUCAAACGAACAAAGCAUAUGUGAAGCUGAACACACCAAGACAGGAUUUCAAUGCUGUUACCAUCUGUCACAGAUCCUUUACUGACCUCAAAAGAGAUCACAUCUUGUUCUCUUUAGCCACACCUUCUCGUUCCAAUGACUUCCUGAUUUUCUGGGACAAUGCAAACAAAGAGAUGGAGGCCUUUGUCGGGGAUAAAAAGGUAGAGUUUGGAGGACUGGAUUACAAGCCAAACAUGUGGCACUCUGUCUGCACAACGUGGGAUUCUAGUUCUGGACUGGUGCAGCUAUGGUUUGAUGGACAACCCUCCAUUAGGAAAUUUAUCAGUUCUGGAUCAAACAUCACAGGGCCUGUUAUAAUCAUUUUAGGACAGGAGCAGGAUACCCAUGGUGGAGGAUUUGACAUUAAUCAGUCUUUUGUUGGCAUGAUGACCGAUGUCCACAUGUGGGAUUACACCCUGUCCCCCUGUGAGAUUCAAAACUAUGUGGAUCAACUAAACUUCACUCCAGGAAAUGUGCUGAACUGGAGGGCACUUGAGUUUCAGAUUGUUGACCAGGUCCUGACAGAACAAAGAAUAACAGUUUGCCAUUAAACAUUUAAAAUGUAAACAUUGUAUGUUAAAUCAUUGUUUAUGGAAGAGUGAAUUUGAUUUCUUUUAAGUGAUUGUAAUACAACAGUGACGUUAUUUUGGUUCUGCUGUAUGUUCUACAUGUCCAUAUCAUAAAAGGAGUGUUCAUUGCAAGACUCUAAAACCAAACAGUUUAUUUUAUUCAGAUCUCAGUGUUUGCAGAUAUUUUGCAUACAUACAUACAUUUUGUAUGUAUGUAUUUUGUAUGUAUACAACUCUGUUGGAGGACUGGAAAGAAUCAGGAGCAAGAUGCAGACCAUCCUCAAGAGCAGUAGUCACCCCCUGCAUGACUGUGGUUGCCCAGAGAAGCAGCCGCAGUGACCGACUCCUCUCCAUACUAGAGUUGGGCUGAUAUUGAUAGUAGUAUCGGAAAUACUCGUCCAUCCUGCCAAAUGUAAGGGGAUCGGCAAGAAUCAUAAUCCUUUGUUUUCUGCUCAGCAUAACCACAUAGACACAGGACGUUAUGCAAUCUCAUCCCUGCACUCCCUAAUUAAAACAAAAAAGAAAAACUCUUCCCGCAGUUCUGUACUAAUAUGCCUUCUCCUCCUCUGCUUCUAUUCCUCUUUUUUCCUGUUGUUCUGUGACUGGCUGCCGGUGAUCAGCUGUUUGGCUUUUCCGUUGCUAGUACCGUCUCUCAUGUUGCGUUUGUUUAUCGUUCAUCAGAGAAAGAGGUUCUGCGAUACAAAGCAGAGCAGGACCCUUCUCUAACAAAGAAGCUGGCAGGUGGUAGAAAGAACUUAUACUUCAGCUAUGCAGAGGUGGGUUUAGAAAAGUUUUGAUGGGGAGACACUGACCAGGAAACGAGUCCUCUUUUUUUAAGGUCUUGACUUUAUGAAAAAUUAAACUUAUUAUUACAACUAAAGUGAUGGUAAAAUGUAAAAAAUGAAAAAAAAACCCAAGUAAAGGUUAGUUAACA